AUGGCCCCAGAAGACUUGGAAGGCAUUAUGGACGACCGUUCGUCAGAAAGUGCUCCGGCUGCAAAUUCGGAAGAUGAGGGCAACAUCCAUGUCAAAUCUCCUGAUCUAUUACCCACGGAAAAUCCUCAGCCAUGCGGUGGGCUAGAAGUCCUUACCAAUAGCAUGAGACAACUCGCGGACAUCAUUUCAUCUUCGGAUUUGUCUAGGAACUUGGAAACCAAGCUCCACAGGCACUAUAAAGAAACUCGAAAGUUGAGUGAAUAUCAAUGUCCAGAAAGGCGCAUAAUCGGAUUCAUCGGCGACUCUGGCGUUGGCAAAAGCUCUCUGAUUAACUCACUCUUGCGUGAGAAGGAUCUUGCCCGCACAAGUCGAGCAGGACAAGCUUGUACUUGCGUGAUAACCGAAUACAGGCCUCUCGACCAAGAGCACACACAGCCAUAUUCGAUUGAAGUCUCUUACAUGAAUAAAGACGAGAUGAAGGAGCUGCUUUUUGAUCUCGUACAAACGUUCCGAGCCUCCCAUGUGACCGAAGCGCAUGAAGAUAACGAGAGUAACAUUUCAGAAACAGAGUCUGAAUUUCACACCAAAUCUGAACAAGCAUUUCAAACACUUGAAUCUUUAUUCAGAAACCAAAGUGAUUUCACUGAAGAACUCCUCAUCGGCGAUCCCAUUCAUCAAACUGUCGAGAACGUAACUGAAAAGUUGAUGCACUGGGCUGAUGCCGGUUUAACGAACCGGCCAGGGCGGUCCACCGCCCAUCGACAUUUCAAAGUCCACAAAAAUCUUGAUGAUUGCCAAGAAACGCUGGAUUUAUUUACAACUGAUCAAUUUCAAGACAAACCUGCAAUUUGGCCAUUCGUAAAGUUGAUAAAGUAUCGUGGAAUUCCCCAUUUCCUUCCCAGUCCCCUCAUCCAUCCGCUGAUAUCUGCCCAGGGUAUACUUGCAAUCGCCAAUUUUGUCUACAGGCUUGAUAUUGGCAGAUAUGCCAGCGAGAAGUACAUGAUUGAAAGCUGCGACGAAGUCUUCGUUGUGGCAGAUAUCAGUCGGUAUCUCUCAGACAAGUCAGUUGAACAAGUCAUUUCAGCAUGCAGACCUGAUCAGCAAAAAACCCUCGAUGUCUCUCCAGGGGAGUCUUCCCGGGGCACCACACCAGAUGCCCUUCACGUAAAAGAAAUGAACUUGAGAAUCAUAAAACUGAACACGAAAAUUCAGAAGCUGAAUUCUGAAAGAAAGCGGCUGCGGUGUGAUGCAGCCGAUCAAGAUGCAGUGGAAGAGCUCGCACUCCACGAUGAAAAAACCGCAAUUGAAUUUGAAAGAACCAAAUAUCUGAUAACCCAAAGAAACUCCAAGGUGAAGGCAGAACUAAGCAAAAGGCCCAAGCGAAAAGACCUGCUGGUCUUCUGCGUUAGCAACACACUAUAUAACUCUCAUUCUGAAAGAGAGGACGAUAAUUCGGAGGUCUACCUUGAGCUCAGUGGAAUUCCUCAAUUGCAAAGUCACUGUCAUUCAAUUCUGGCAAAGUUCCGACACGGCUCAGUGUCUGCCUUUCUUCAAAGAGAAGUUCCAGCCAACUUAGCGUCUCUUGAACUAUGGGCACAUGCGGGGUUUGAUCAAGUGAAUAUUCAAAAAGCGGUCGACCUCCGCAGAGUAUUAGAAGAAGCACAAAAUAAGCUUCGCCAGGAUUUACUUGUAGCAGACGUGCUAGAUGGAAUUCAUGCUGGACUGAAUCAUUUGUUCCAAGAGCACAUUUUGAGCCCAAUUCGGGUAUACAAACCGGAAUGGAGUGAUGCGUGCAAUGAGCUUCUCAAGGAAUGGGAACAUUGGCCACAUGGAACGUACAGGGCAUUCUGCAGUCAUUAUGGCACCCACCAACCUCGCAGGCAAGAGCCUCGUUGCUGGAAUGAGGAAUUGAUUGAAGAUGUUAUUGAAGUACUAAUUCCACAAUGGGAUAUAAUGAAAAAAGAGUUGAAGGAAUAUAUCACAUCAACUCCUCAAGAUCUCGCCCGAAAGCUUGACAACAUUUCAAAAAGACUUCGAGGAGCUGGGUCUCACAAAAGACGCAAAGCUGCUAUUCGUGAACACUUGGAAAACUCGGCACUUUGCGAGGCCUAUAUCGAGCGGGCUAAUGGAUCAUUCAAUAAGACUGUCAUUUCACACUUAAAUAAGUUGCAGCCUAUCCUCACAGAGCAAGUCGACUCCAUUGUGAUUGAUCUACAAACCAUUGUAGCUGCGGAGGGUCAGAUCCCCGAGGCAGCAAAGGAUACUGAGUUCGCUCAUCGGGUCUAUAAUGCUAUGCUUUCAUCCCGAGCGAAAUUACAAGAGACUCAAAUGCAAGAUGAUGAGGGAGGUGGAGAUUCAACACUCUAG